CAGCUAUAAGAGCCUGCCCAAGCAGGGCGCCCAGCUGCAGGGGCCAUGGCCACGUCACGCCUGCUGCUGUGGCUGCUGCUGCCCACCCUCUGUGGCCCCAGCACUGCUGUGGAGACCACCUCAUCCCUGGCCUGUGCCCAGGGCCCCGAGUUCUGGUGUCAAAGCCUGGAGCAAGCACUACAGUGCAAGGCCCUGGGACACUGUCUUCAGGAAGUCUGGGGACAUGCGGGAGCUGAUGACCUGUGCCAAGAGUGUAAGGACAUCAUCAACAUCCUCACAAAGAUGAGCAAGAACAUUUUCCAGAAAACCAUUCGGAAAUUCCUAGAGCAUGAAUGUGAUGACCUCCCCUUGAAGCUGCUCGUGCCCCAGUGCCGCCAAGUGCUGGAUAACUACUUCCCCCUGGUCAUUGACUACUUCCAGAGCCAGAUCACCCCAAAGGUCAUCUGCCAGCACCUGAGCCUGUGCCAGCACAGGCAGUCUGAGCAGGAGCCUGGGAUGCCAGAUCCUCCACCUGACCCUGUGCUGGACGCUCUGCCAGAUAAGCUGGCCCUCCCCGUGCUGCCAGGGGCCCUCCUGGACAGGCUUGGGCCUCAUACACAGGAGCUCUCCCAGCAGCAGUUCCCCAUCCCCCUGCCCUUCUGCUGGCUCUGCAGGACUCUGAUGAAGCGGGUGCAGACCAUGAUCCCCAAGGGAGUGCUGGCCGUGGCUGUGGCCCAGGUGUGCCACGUGGUACCCCUGGUGGUGGGCGGCAUCUGCCAGUGCCUAGCCAAGCAGUACACCAUUCUCCUGCUGGACGCACUGCUGGGCCGCACGCUGCCCCAGCUGGUCUGCGGCCUGGUCCUCCGGUGCUCCAGUGAAGAUGGCGUUGGCCUAGCCCUGCCUGCUCUGGGCUCCCUGCCCGACGAAUGGCUGCCACCGGCCUCCCAGUGCCAGCUCUGCGUGUCCGUGACCACCCGGGCCUGGAACAGCAGCGAGCAGGCCACGCCACAGGCCAUGCGCCAGGCCUGCCUCCGCUCCUGGCUGGACAGGGAGAAGUGUGAGCAAUUUGUGGAGCAGCACAUGCCCCAGCUGCUGGCCCUGGCACCUCGGGGCUGGGAUGCCCACACCACCUGCCAGGCCUUGGGGGUGUGUGCCACCAAGUUCAGCCCCCUCCAGUGUCUUCAGAGCCCCCUCUCCUGAGGACCCAGCCUCCAGCACCAGAGCCAAGCCAGCUCCCACCGCUCAGGGCAGCUGGGGGGGAACAUCGCAGCUCCAGGACAGCUGAGCGACUGGGCCAGUUCACACUGACCCCCACGUGCUCGAGACCAGCGUCUUGUUUGCCAACACUUCCAAGAAGUUCAAAGUUCAGAAUAAAAUGGGAUCAUAAUAUACUCUGAUAAACACACAAAAUCCUUACAUUAGGCUUUUUAAAAAUAAAUCAGGAAACCCUUGGCUUGUG